ACUAGCAGUCCAUCUCUAAUAUUGAACAAACAAAGUUUUUUAGUUUUUCAUUAAACCGUGUUUUUUCCCAAAUUUUAACUCAAUUUUUUAAAAAAAAUGUCGCAAGAGGUUGAGGAGACACUCAAGAGAAUCCAGAGCCACAAAGGUGUUGUGGGUACAAUUGUGGUCAACAAUGAAGGUAUUCCGGUCAAAUCCACGCUGGACAAUACGACGACCGUUCAGUAUGCUGGCCUAAUGAGUCAGCUGGCGGACAAGGCCAGAAGUGUGGUCCGGGACUUGGAUCCUUCGAACGAUAUGACAUUCCUGCGGGUGCGAUCCAAAAAGCACGAGAUCAUGGUGGCUCCCGACAAGGACUUUAUCCUGAUCGUCAUCCAGAACCCUACCGACUAAAAGGCCUGGCGCUUUGGGAUUAUAAAGCUGAAACUAUCUACUGCAUAUUUAUACAUAUAUAUUGAAAUUGCGAGCGAAAGAGAGUUAAAUAAUAAUAUAAAGAAAAUGUA